AACUCAUUCCAUACCUCCAUACACAUAAUAUUUCUUUGAAGAGAGAGAAAAAAUGGGUCAACUCCACGUCUUCUUUAUCCCGGUGAUGGCUUAAGGCCACAUGAUUCCCACACUGGACAUGGCCAAGCUCUUCCUGAGCGUCUCCCCCGAUUCGGAUCUGUUCGCGAUUCCGGAUCUCCCGCACCAGGUGAAGCUCACCAGAUUGCAGGUUUCUCCCUUCUCCCGCGGCGUCCCGGGAGAGGAAUCCCCCAUGUCGGGUAUCAUGAAACAGAUUAGCAUGUCGGAGGAAACCAGCUUCGGGGUCAUCUUCAACAGCUUCUACGAGCUCGAACUGGAAUAUGCAGAGCAUUACAGGAAUGUUCUUGGUCGGAGGUCCUGGUUUGUGGGGCCGGUAUCCCUCUCUAACAGGGACACAGAGGACAAGGCCCAGAGGAGGGAGAAAUCCUCAAUCAGCGAGAAAGAAUGUCUGGAAUGGCUUGAUUCCAAGAAACCCCACUCGGUGGUGUACGUUUGUUUCGGAAGCGUUGCGAGCUUUGCGGAUUCUCAGCUCCGGGAAAUGGCCACCGGAAUCGAAGCUUCGGGGCAGGAGUUCAUCUGGGCGAUAAGAACGCCAACAUGGGAGAAGGAGGAAUGGAUGCCGGAAGGAUUCGAGGAGAGGACGAGAGGAAAGGGGAUGAUCAUAAGAGGGUGGGCCCCGCAAGUGCUGAUUCUCGACCACGGAUCGGUGGGCGCAUUCGUGACACACUGCGGGUGGAACUCCACGCUGGAAGCGGUGUGUGUGGGCGUGCCCAUGGUCACAUGGCCGGUCUUCGCAGAGCAGUUCAUCAACGAGAAGCUGGUGACGGACAUUCUCCGGAGGGGUGUAGGGGUGGGGUCCAAGAAGUGGAAAAGAUUGGGAAGUGAUGGGGUAAAGAGAGAAGCGGUUUCCGAGACAAUCAAGGAGGUGAUGGUUGGGGAGGAGGCGGAGGAGAUGAGGAACAGAGCCAAGGCGCUGAAAGGGAAGGCGAGAGAGGCAGUCGAGGAGGGUGGGUCUUCUCACUCGGGUUUGAGUGAUUUGCUUGAUGAAUUGAGGACUUACCAUAAUGCUAAACCCUAAUAAAAUCGAUGUCGGGUGACCGUUCGACCGAUUCUGAAAGAUUCUCAAGAUGAGAUUCAUUUCCAUUUUUAUUUUGAUGCAUUCCAUGUUUUACUCUCUAUACAUGUUAUCAUCAGUCCCACGUUAUUAAUUAUUGUUACUCAUUAUUAUGUUGUGUGACACAAUCUAGAAAGAUGGCAUUAGUGCUCCUCUAGGCUAAUUGUGUUGCUAAUUAUGUUGUUUAUCUUCUAUCAACCUGUUUUGUUUCAUUACACGUGAAUAAAGUGUUUGCAAAUCAUGAUUUAGAGUACUUAACACGAAUUUAAGUAAAUCACAACAUUAUUC